GAGUAAGUUUCUUGUACUCGAUUGGAAGAAAGAAGAGGCCGCUGGUCGCCGUAGCCGAGAAAGAAGAGAGGAUCAACUAAUUAGAAAAAAUGAAAGGGUAUGUUUCAGAGAAGGGUACCUGAAAGAGGUGGUGCUUGGGCAGUUGCUGGUUGUUGUUGGCGGUGGCUGGGCAGUGGCGCCAAGAGAGAUGAGAGAAGGGAUGGCUGCUUGCUGUUGA